AUGCCGAGCGGUCUUGUUUUUACCGUUGGUCUUGGGGAUGUGGACGCGCCUGACCGGCUGCGGGCGAUACGUGCCCGCCGAGAGUUGCGCGAUCACCGCAUCGAUCCGGCUUUCGUCGAGAUCGGCGGCCUCACGGUCGAUGCCGGGGUCUCUGCCCACGGUUCUGUUGGAUGCGGCCCAAAAGCUUCCACCCACAAGGAGCAGGAUAGCAGCAGUCGGAACACACCGUUCACACGCGGCACAGGGUUGCAUCAGCAGACCUCCGCCCAGUUCGAUGCUGGAUCGAAGCUGCCGCACUUCCCCGCUCGGUUGCGCUUUCGCUCGGGUCAGUUUGAACUUAUACGGCCGACCGUCCCUCACCGAGGCAAAGGGCUGUCCCGGCAAUUACGCCGGGUGUUCGGUAAUAUUAGUGGCUCCGCCGCCAUACAGGUCGAUAACUCGACCAGCUACAGGCGGUCCCGUAGUUACGCUCCUCCGAAGAGGUCACGCAAACAAAGGUUGGCCGGUCAAGUCGAUGGUACGGACUUGGCCGCUUCUCGGGUCCGAGCUGGUAGAGUGGACCCGACGCGUCGGUGCGAGGUUUUCAGUCGCUUUCCUCGCCGCCAGGGUUUAGGCCGCGAGAUUGGGCUUCACGCAGUUUUCAGCCCGGGCACCAGUAAGCUCGGUGGGCAGAUGCCAUUGCCAACAAGCAUCACGUCAUCAGACGCACUCCCUCUCGCGCCACAACGGCGCACACCAUCCCCUUCACUCGGGGCCGCCCGAGGGCACGGUCGAUUUCGUAGAAGGCGGAUGCUGCGCAUGGGGUCAGCUCGGUUGUCACCGGGUCGGAUGAUCCUCCCGGUUCAUAACAGCCGGUCCCCUUCCCCCUUCCUCAGACGUCCGGUGCUUCGUCAGGACGCUGGUGGCGCAGCGCACGCGCGAGCGCCCGCUGCAGGCGGUGCGCGCGACAGAUAG